AUGUCAGGAACAGCAGGAUUUGAUAGACACAUCACUGUAUUCUCCCCAGAGGGACGACUAUAUCAGGUUGAGUACGCAUUCAAGGCCAUCAACUCCACCAACUUAACAUCCCUUGGACUUGUUGGUGAGGACAGUGUGUGUUUCAUCAAUCAGAAGAAGGUAGGUGACAAGUUGUUGGACCCAACCACAGUGACGUACAUUUUUGACAUUUCGCCAAAUGUCGGAAUGCUUGCGACCGGUUCAAUUGCGGAUGCACGGUCCUUGGCGACGAGAGCCAGGAGUGAGAGUGCCGAAUACAAAUACAAGUAUGGUUACGAAAUGCCAGUGGACGUUCUCACCAAGAGAAUGGCAAACUUGUCGCAAAUAUAUACACAGCGGGCGUACAUGAGACCAAUGGGUGUUGCGUUAACCUUUAUCAGUUACGACGAGGAGCUGGGCCCAAGUUUGCUCAAGACUGAUCCUGCUGGAUACUAUUUUUCGGCAAAGGCGAUUGCCACGGGAUCCAAGCAGUCUGAGGUUUCAGCUGUUGUAGAGAGAGAUUUCAAGAAGAUUGUAAAGAAGGAGCCAGACUCCAAGGUGAUAGUGAAGGGUGACUGGAAGAAGUUGGUUGAAUACGGCAUCAUCACGUUGAGCAAUGCAUUAAGCACCGAGUUCAGAAAGAACGAUUUGGAGAUAGGUGUUUCCACCAAAGCCGGAUUUAGAGCUCUCUCUGCGGAUGAAAUAGAUGAAAGACUCGUUUCCAUUGCUGAGCAAGAUUAG